AUGACCGAUCCCGAGGGGAUUAAAACAUGGAUUUACAGUUACUUGCAAUCAUCCAGGCGUAUCGCACCAGAAUAUACUUUCAUCCAGAAACCUGCUGGUCGUGGACAAAUGCGGUUUAUUUGUGAGCCCGGCGAGACUGGUGCAGGCGAAUCAACAAGUUCAUCAGCCAUAGCUCCUGCUUACACCAGAAGUUCGUGGACUGCAAAUUCAGAACAUCCGGCUGAAGAGGUUGAUCUAACGGCUGAUAUUCACGGUGGUUGGUCAAUGGAAAAUGCCAAAGCUCGAUUAAAUGAAUACCUACAAGCAACAAGACAGGAAAUGGGCAAAGAAGAGUACACUGCUCUGGGUCCGGAUCAUAACAGGAGUUAUGCUGCCGAAUUGACCAUUUAUGCCAAGAAGUCACGAAAAUUUCUUUGUGCGCGUGGCAGUGGUUCCAAUAAACAAAUGGCUUCACGCGCAUGUUGUCUGUCUUUGGUUCGGCAACUCUUUCAUGCCGGCGAGAUCGAAGCUUAUACGGGUGAAAAGAAGAAGAAGAAACAUGACGAGGUGUCUCCGACUGAUGUGACUGUGGAUCCUGCGCUGGAGCGUUCUCUGAACCAAUUAUUAGCCGAUUUGGGUUUACCGCCAACUGCUCAACCACCUAAAGUAGUCACACCGGAGCAACCGUUUAAUAUGAUCACACAUUACAACUUAACCGACUUCGAGGAGUCCCCGAAGCAAGCACCUCAGUUAGUGGCUUGGUGCCCACCGCAACCCAACUGGAAUCCUUGGACCGGGUGCAACAUUGAUGAAGGUCCUUACGCAUCUUUACCACUUAAUCAAAUAAAUGCCCAAUUAGCAGAGGAGCACUCUCACCGGAUCGAUCACUCACCUCAGUUGCGAGGGAUAUUGAAAGACCGAGCGGAGUUACCUGUGCAUGUAUAUCAACAUUCUGUUGUUGAAACGGUUCGGAAUAACCGCGUGACUCUCAUUCGUGGCGAAACUGGGUGCGGAAAAACAACUCAAAUUCCGCAGUUCAUCUUGGAUUCCUUCAUUGAGUCCGGUACUGGAGCCGAUUGUGCGGUUCUGGUGACUCAGCCCAGAAGAAUAUCAGCGAUCAGUUUGGCGGAGCGUGUUGCUUAUGAGCGUGGCGAAGCGGUUGGAACCUCGGUGGGUUAUUCUGUACGUUUUGAAAGCAUACUCCCACGGCCCUACGGAUCCAUCCUGUUCUGCACGGUCGGCACCAUGGCACGUAAAAUGGAAUCGGGUCUGCGUGGAGUCUCGCACAUCAUUGUGGACGAGAUUCACGAACGCGAUGUAAACACAGAUUUUAUGCUGGUUCUACUUCGAGACAUGAUUGCCGCCCAUAGUGGACUUCGGCUUGUAUUAAUGUCGGCCACAAUUGAUACUAGCAUGUUUGUAGACUACUUUGGAGAAUGUGCCAUUCUGGAUAUCGAAGGUCGUACCCACCCCGUGGAUUAUUACUUCUUGGAGGACUGCAUCAAAAUGCUCAACUACGUGCCACCUAUUGACGAUAGAAAACGUAAGCGUCGACUAGAUCCUGCUCAAGAACUGGAGGCUAGCGAGGAAAAUUGCAAUAACAUUUGUGAUCCAGAGUACGGACCAGUCGUGGCAAACGCUAUGCGUGAAAUCACGGAAAAAGAAGUCCCAUUUGAUCUUGUUGCACGCCUUCUCGAGCAGAUCGCUUCCAUGGAUAUUCCUGGAUCUGUUCUGAUAUUUCUACCCGGAUGGAAUAUUAUCAGCCUCUUGAGAAAAUUCCUGCAGGCGCACCCACGUUUUGGAAGCACCGACUAUCUGAUACUUCCAUUACAUUCACAAGUACCGAGAGAAGAUCAACGCCUCGUAUUUCGCUCCCCUCCCCCGGGUGUCACAAAAAUUGUGCUAUCUACAAACAUUGCCGAGACAUCAAUCACGAUCAAUGAUGUUGUUUUUGUGAUCGACUUUUGUUUGGUUCGAAUGAAGCAAUUCACAGCGCGCAAUAAUCUCACGUCCUAUUCAACCUCUUGGGCUAGUAAAACCAAUCUGGAGCAAAGACGAGGUCGGGCAGGACGUGUUCGUCCAGGAUAUGCAUUUCAUUUGUGCAGCCGUGCUCGUUUUGAUCAGCUGAAGCAGCACUCAACACCGGAGAUUUUGCGUACCCCGUUGCAUGAGUUGGCUUUGCUCAUCAAAUUGCUUCGCUUAGGCUCUGUUGGGGACUUUCUCAUGAAGGCGAUGCAGCCACCACCCUUGGAUGCUGUCAUUGAAGCGGAAUACACUCUCAAAGAGAUGAAAGCUCUUGAUAAGAAUGACGAACUCACACCCUUGGGAUCCAUAUUAGCCAGGUUACCAAUCGAACCACGCCUGGGCAAGAUGAUGGUGUUUGCUUGCGUUUUCAAACUUGGUUGUGCCUCUGCGCUUCUCGCUUCCGCCUCCAGUCUUGGUAUUGAUCCGUUCCUGAUGCCACCGGAUCGUCGUCGAUUGUCUGAAGGUCAGCGACAGUUUUCCGCUGGUUACUGCAGUGAUCAUCUAGCCGGCCUAAACAUUUUCCAAGUUUGGUCUGCUGAACGUGCUCGCCGUGGUGAUACAGCUGCUGAUAUGUUAUGUGAACGUCGUGAAUUAAAUGGUCCUUCGUUACGCAUUUUGGAGGAUGCAGGAAAUCAGAUUCGUAUGAUACUACUCAAUCUGUCCUUCCCCGAAGAAUGUCUUUCGGAUGCUUCGAUCGAUUUCAAUGUGCCCAACAAUCCGGAUUGUAUCACAUUGACCUCGUUGCUAACACUCGGUCUUUAUCCAAAUAUUUGUGCCCAUGUGGAGAAACGAAAAAUGCUCACCGUGGAGGGCACGGUGGCUUUGGCACACAAGGGUUCCGUGAACUGUUCCAAUGUCGCUGUCAAAUUUGCCCACCCGUUCUUUGUCUUCGAUGAGAAGGUACGCACACAAGCGGUCUCGUGCAAGGGCCUGACGAUGAUCAACCCCAUUCAACUGAUGCUUUUUGGUUGUCGAACUGCAACUUGGCGGAAUUCCGAUUCCAGUUCUCCCAGUGAAGGAAUUGUGCUGCUAGACGAUUGGAUACCUCUAAAGAUAAACUUUUCCACUGCCGCAAAUAUUUUCGCAUUACGACCAGCUCUCGAGGCUCUCCUUGUUCGAGCUUGUUUGCGUCCCGAGCAGUUAUCCGAUUUGGAUGAGCUUGAUCUUCGCGUAAUUAAAAUAGUACGUGAUUUGUGUGGUGGUGGUACCGGCUCUGGGUCUGAUGAUUUGACCACCACGUCUUCUCCACCUCGGAAACGUUUUGCAUCAGACUUUGGACAUCCACUUCUGUCUGGGCGAAACAGACGCGUAAACGAUUUUGGCGAUCGCGGAUUCGAUCGUUAUGUAAAUCAUCCCCAGUCUCGAUUUGGUGUCCCGUUGGAUGGUGCAGAUUAUGGCGGAUUUCAGGGAGAGCGAAAGAUGGCAAACUUUCGACCCUAUGCUCCCCGUGGACAAUCGUUCAAUAAUGGUGUUCGCUACGGUGCACCACGUCAACCGUACUUUCAGAAUUCCGGAAAUCUUGGAUUUCAACCUAAUCCUCGCGCCCGAUUUCCACCCGCAUGGAUACAGCAACAGCCAACAUUACCACCACAACCUAAUCCCGAUGCCUGGAACCAAUGGAACCCACGUCCUUAUGAGUAA